CACGAGAUGCUUAUUGUGUUGCCCGACGCAAAGGAUGGCUUGCCAAAGUUGUUGGAGAAGAUUUAUGACCCGCAUCACUUUUCGCACUUCAAGGAACUCUUUGACAAGAGUAAAUACGAAUCAAAUAGGGUUGAACUGCAUCUGCCCAAAUUCAAACUUGGUGGUGUUGAAAGCCUGGAUAUGGAGAAACCGCUGUCCGCCAUGGGAUUGGAGAGUGUGUUCGACCCUCGUGGAGCUGACUUCUCUCGCAUCACUGAGAAGGAGAGGUUGCACAUCUCAAGGAUACUCCACCAGGCUGUGAUUGAGGUGAACGAGGAAGGAGUGGAGGCAGCAGCAGCAACUGAAGUCGCCAUUUCCUUCGAUUGCGCCGGCCCAGAUUUUACUGUAGAUCAUCCAUUUAUCUUCUUCAUUGUCACGGCGUCUGGUGUGCCCGCCUUCAUGGGACAUGUAGUCAAUCCUCUGGCCUAA